CACUCAGUGUGCUGUUGCUGCCAUGACAGAAUGUCACAAGCCCGCCCUCUGUGGAUGGAAAAGGAUUGUGAAGCAAAGACUAUCUGGGAAAACAGCAGGGAGAUUUGAUGUGUAUUUCAUCAGCCCACAGGGACUGAAGUUCAGAUCGAAAAGUUCACUUGCUAAUUAUCUUCACAAAAAUGGAGACACAGCUCUGGAGCCUGAAGAUUUUGAUUUUACAGUUCUCUCGAAAAGGAGCAUCGAGUCGAGACGUAAGGACUCCAGCGUGGCAGCUCUGACAGCCCAGCAGCAGAACAGAAGUAACGUUUCAAACUGGAACCUUCGGACUCGAAGCAGGCAGAAAAUGGAUGUUUCUCCUCUGCCAGGUAGUACCUCAGAGUUGCCAGACAGCAGAGGACCACCUAACCUGGAUUCCAUCCAUGUGCUUUUGAGAGAAGAAGAGAGUGUUAGUGACAUUAACUCUGGGAAGGUAAGGAAGUUCAAAGGAAAAGUGACUGUUUUUAAAGGAAUUCAAAUGAAGAAAACCAGAAAACAGUGCAGCAACAGCCUUUCAGAUUCUGUCCAAAGUCAUACAAAAAGAGAAUCUCUGUUUAAUGAAGCAGAGGCUAAAUGUGCGUCUGUUGCUCAAGAUCAGCUUAGUAGAACUUUGUGCAUUUCUGACAGUAUAACUGAGGAAGAAAAGAGCCUCGUGAAAGAGAAGUCAUUGAGCUCACGAUCAGAUUUUCAUUUUGAACAAAUAACAUCUGGUAUCGCAAACAAAUCAUGUCCAACCACAGAAGGGGAACACGAGAAGUACAAGGAGACCUUUUUAGAAUCAGAGGAAAUCAGAAGAAAAGUAGACGAUGAGGAGAGAAAGGAACAUUUGCAUGCUGACAUUGUACAGUGUGGCUCUGAAAUGGACAACAGCUGCUUACAAAGCAAGAAACACUUUACUUCUGAGAAAAUACAUCCAGACUCUUGAGUGGAAUCCCACCACUCAGGAGGCUGAGG